UCACCCCCCCACCCCCCCCCACCCCCCUCCCUCCACCUCCUCUCUCCCUCCCUCCUCCCUCCCUCCUUAAUCCCCCAGAUUGUCGCGCGGACUUGCUUGCUGCAGUUGAUGCUGCAGUUCCGAGCCGCUCCUGCACCGGAGGACACCUGACUCAAUGAGAAAGACAUGCUUGCAUUCGUGCUGGUCUCUGGAUCGCUCUGGAUUAUAUUAGAACUCAGUUCCACUCUGAUGGAGAAAAUGCAGGCCCAGGAGAUGAUGAGUGGCCUGAGGAUACCAGACAUGGACGAGCUCGGCCGGCUUUUCCACUCCCUGCCGACCUCCACGCUGGUGGGUGUUGGCGCCUUGACCGCUGUGCUGGCAUACUGGUUUGCCACCAGGCCUCGUCCCAUCAAGCCUCCCUGCAGCCUGCAGCACCAGUCUGAGGAAGUCCCGCACGAAGGUGGAGGUCGAAGAUCCAUGAUGGGUGACCCGUCCAGAUUGCUGACUCAUUACCAUGACGAUGCCAGGACCAUGUAUGAGGUCUUCCAGAGAGGCCUCCACAUAUCUGGUGAUGGUCCCUGCUUAGGGUCCCGGCUCCCAAACCAGCCCUACAAGUGGAUGUCCUACAAAGAGGUGACGGCUCGAGCAGAGCACGUGGGUUCUGGUCUUCUACACCAGGGCUGUCAGCCCAACUCCAACCAGUUUAUAGGAGUGUUUGCUCAGAACAGACCUGAGUGGAUCAUCUCUGAGCUAGCAUGCUACACCUACUCCAUGGUGGUGGUCCCUCUUUAUGACACGCUCGGUGCAGAUGCUAUCCGGUUCAUCAUUAACACUGCUGACAUCUCCACCGUGAUCUGCGACAAAAUGGAGAAAGCCCAGGUGCUUUUGAACAACGUAGAGCGGAAAGACACGCCCAGGCUGGGAAGAAUCAUUCUGAUGGACGCCUUUGACUCUGAUGUUGUGGAGCGUGGCAAGAGCUGUGGCGUCCAUGUGCAGGCAUUGCAGGAAGUCGAGGCUCUGGGGAGGGAGCACUACAGAAAACCUAUACCACCAGCACCAGAUGAUCUGUCCAUUGUGUGUUUCACCAGUGGAACCACAGGAAACCCAAAGGGAGUCAUGCUCACUCAUGGGAACGUUGUGGCAGAUUUUGCAGGAUUCCUCAAAGUGACAGAUAAAGUCAUUUUUCCAAACCAAGACGAUUGUCUCAUCUCCUUCCUGCCGCUGGCUCACAUGUUUGAGAGGCUCAUUGAGAAUGUGGUCUACUGCCACGGAGGACGGAUUGGCUUCUAUCAGGGGGACAUCCGUCUCCUGCCAGACGACAUGAAGGCCCUGCGGCCGACUAUUUUUCCUGUAGUGCCUCGACUGCUCAACCGCAUGUACGACAAGAUUUUUAGCCAGGCGAACACCCCGCUGAAGCGUUGGUUGCUAAACUUUGCUGCAAAGAGAAAAGGUGCUGAAGUUAGUCGGGGAAUCAUUCGCAGCGACAGCAUCUGGGACAAAAUCUUCUUCAGUAAAAUUCAGGCCAGCUUGGGAGGAAGACUCAGGAUGAUAAUCACAGGAGCGGCUCCCACUUCACCCACCGUCCUGGGUUUUCUCAGAGCAGCUCUGGGAUGCCAGGUGUAUGAGGCGUACGGCCAAACUGAGUGCACUGCGGGGUGCACCUACACCACACCUGGAGACUGGACAUCUGGUCAUGUCGGCGCUCCGCUGCCGUGUAACCUCAUCAAGCUGGUGGAUGUUCCUGAAAAGAACUACUUUGCAUCUAAGGGUGAAGGAGAGGUUUGUGUGAAGGGACCUAACGUGUUCAAGGGCUACCUCAAAGACCCGGAAAGAACAGCUGAGACGCUGGAUGUGGAUGGCUGGCUUCACACCGGAGACAUUGGCAAAUGGUUGCCUAAUGGUACACUGAAGAUCAUCGAUAGAAAAAAGCACAUCUUCAAGUUGGCGCAGGGUGAAUACAUCUCCCCUGAGAAGAUCGAGAACAUCUACAUUAGGAGCGAGCCAGUGGCCCAACUCUAUGUUCAUGGAGACAGUCUGCAGUCAUGUUUGGUAGGAAUUGUGGUUCCUGAUCCUGAGGUGAUGCCUGAAUGGGCCAAGAAAAAAGGCCUUCUGGGUACCUACAAGGAUCUGUGUAAAAACACUGAGUUAAAGAAAGCGAUACUUGAAGAUCUGGUGCGUCUGGGCAAAGCCAAUGGCCUUCUAUCUUUUGAGCAGGUAAAGAACAUCUACAUCUACAGUGAGAUGUUCUCCAUUGAGAAUGGCCUCUUGACUCCGACGCUAAAGGCCAAGAGGCCAGAGCUGAAGGAAUUCUUCAAGGCGAAGAUCGAUGAUCUCUACAGCAGCAUUACCAUGUGAUGGCCAGCAGACUUCGAUUUUUUUUUUUCCUUCUUCUACUUUUAACAUCUUGACACAAAGAUCAGCUUGAACUGGGGACCUGCAUUGAGACAGAAAUGUCUCUCAUGAGCCUGAAAAUGUUUUGGGAACAUAAACCAAAAACUUUCCCAAGAGUGGAGGAGUUAAAAUUGUUUUUAAAAUCCAAUUAUAGAAGAAAAACAAAUGUGAAUUACAACGCACACUGUCACAUGUAUUUCUGCCUGUUUUAUGCAUUUAUUGGAGGAAAUUAAUUAACGUAUACACUGACAGGAUAAUUAUUUAACUUUGUGAAUUUGUAUGUCACUUCAGAAGCAAAUCAUGACAUUGCACUUUUGGUCUUGUCCACCAGAGGGCAGCACAGACUUGAAUGUGGUUAAAUAUGCAAAGCAAUGCAAAUACAUCCGGCAACAAUCUUUUUAUUAUUGUUGUUUCAGACACCUCAACAAUGCCAAAACAACAAUUAACAUGCAUUCUCAUCCUACCAGAUACAAUAAAUGUAUACAGAAAAAGAAAUAUAUUUAACAAUGUGCAUUGUCAGUUGUGUUUGAUUGAGUUGCUUUAAUUUAAGCGUAUUAAAUCUUUCCAUGU